AUGCAUGACCUCCGCCGUCAAGCCCUUCUCGAAAGCGGCAAAACCGUGUCGCGCAAAGCACGCUCACGACAGGCAUCGGCCGUCUCGUCUAAAGCAAACUCAAAAGUUAAUUCCCCCGCCCAAUCGAGAGCCACCUCGCGCAACCCGAGCGGGCAGGUGUCGGAUGAUGAAGAUUAUUUGAGCGAUGGCACUGCCUGGAGCACAAAUUCCAUAGACGAAAUCCUCAAUGGUGAAGAUGUCGAUCUGCCGGUCGAUGCCUGGAAGACAGAACUCAGUAAUCGUAUUGAACACAUCAUCGAUCGUAAACGUACCAGCACCGAUGGCCGCGCCGAAAGCCUCAACAUUUUCGCGCACAUCCUCAUGGCCAAAUAUGCCAAGGAUGAUAUCGAAUCUCACGAGAGUGAACUCUUGCCAGCUAUCAUGAGGAGCAUCAAGACCGACACGACCGAACGCGAGACUGUUGCGGCUAUCAAGGCAUUGACCGCCUUCAUCGUUACCAUCGAGUCUGGCGAUGUGUAUGACGACGUGACAGACCUUCUCAAGCGAAUGAUCAAUAACGCUGAUUCUGUGAAAACGAAGGUUAGCGCCAUUCAUGGUCUUGGGAUUGCUGCCUUUUUUGGCGGAGCAUCCGAAGAAGAGAUGGAGAACAUCAUGAGUUACUACCUGGAGAUAGUAGAGUCUGACGGUCUCUCGGUCGAGGCGCAUGACGAAGGACCUGUGGUGACUGCCGCUCUUGAGGCAUGGGGCCUGUUGGCUACUGAGAUUGACGACCUGGAAGAAACGACCGAAGCCGCUAUCGAGGCCUUCGUGGACCAACUAGACAGCUCAGACGCUGGAGUCCAGAUUGCAGCGGGCGAGAAUAUAGCUUUGAUGUACGAGAAGUCGCACACCCCGCAGGAGGACGACGAGGAAGUGUCGGAUGGAGGCAUUGACUCCGAUUCUGACGAAGCACCUCUCCACGGCCCCCGAAUGAUCAAGCGAUAUACCGUAUACCGACGGCAAGAUCAGCUCCUCCACAAGUUGGACGAUCUUGCAACAGUGUCGACUCGCAGCAUCUCCAAGAAGGACCGCAAGACGCUACACUCUUCCUUCGCUGACAUUCGAAAUUCGGUCGAGCGCCCGACGCGCGGACCAAAGUACUCAACCGCAUUAGACCAGGAGACUGGACGUGUCUAUGGUGGCGGUAGGAUGAAGGUCAAGAUCAACCGAUCCGUCGAAGUCAGAAUAGACAAAUGGUGGAAGCUGUUGAGGCUCAACGCCCUACGAAGGGCGCUACAGGGAGGGUUCCCAACUCAUUACGACGAGAACGAGGCGGUCUCAAGAUGCCUCCCAUUCUCAAUGUCUUCAAGACGAUAG